UUCGAAGUAGGCAUUUUGACACCACCGCCGCCAUUCCACAUGAGCCGUGCCGGUCCUAACGCGUCGGCCGUCGGCGAUGUCAUCGAUGACCUGCGAGAGUCCACGCCUUCCUUUCCCCUCGACGGAAGCGACGUGACGAUCCUGCAUUCUCCGAGCGACUUCUACAACCAACUGCUGCACAACAUCCGACACGCCACGACGCGCAUCUCGAUCUCGUCGCUGUACAUUGGCAACGACGCGCUCAGUCGCGAGCUGGUGCAAGCAUUGCACGACGCGUGCAAGGCAACUCCGUCCCUCGAGGUCUCCAUCGUCCUCGACUACUCCCGCGGCCAACGCGGCGGUCCCACGAGUUCCGUAGCCGUGCUCACACCGCUCCUCGAUGCAUUUCCGUCGAACGUGUCGUUGCAUUUGUAUCGCGUGCCCCAACUAGACCGAUGGGGGUUCCUGCCGCCACCCUUUGACGAAACCAUCGGCGUAUCCCACACCAAAGUGUACCUGUGCGACGACACCCUCAUCAUGAGUGGCGCCAAUCUCAGCGGCGACUACUUCACCCAGCGACAAGACCGGUACAUUCAAAUGCACAAUGCAGAUCUCGCAGGCUUUUACCACACAUUUGUCAAGAUUGUCACCGAUCAUGCGCAUCACGUCCAGCUCGUUCCUUCCGCCACGGCAUCCGUCUCUUCGAACCAUACGACACCUUCCGAGGACCGAUCUCCAUUGACGACGUCGGUGGUGCCUCCAGCGACAUCCCAUGUGGACUUCGCGUCGGCGCUCCUUUCUCUCCAGGACUAUCAACCCACAACGCCGAGAUGGACCACUACGACCAUGGCCAUUCCGACCAUUCAGUUCUCGCCGCUGGAUAUCCUCCAUGACGAAGACACGCUGUCCCAUGUCCUGCACCGCUUGCCCGCCUCAAGCCGGAUCGAUAUUGCAUCCGGAUACCUGAACUUUCCGCCUUUUCUUAUCCGGUUGUUGGCGGACCGAGCGUUUCAUUUGGACGUGGUCACCGCCGCGCCGUCUGCGAACGGCUUCUUCAACGGCAAUGGCAUCAAAGGAGCGUUGCCGAUGGCAUACUCGCUCAUCGAAGCGGAAUUCUACGACCGAUUCGCCACCUCCCAACUCACAUUGCGGGAAUUCAAUCGCGACGGAUGGACAUUUCAUGCCAAGGGCAUGUGGAUCCAACACCAGGACGAGGCGUUGACGGUCGUGGGAAGCUCCAACUUUGGCCAGCGGUCGUACGGUCGUGACCUGGAAUCUCAAGUACGUAGACAUGCACUUGACGACAAAUAUGCUGAUCAUAACUGACGGAACUCUCUGUCCGCAGGUGUUUCUGUACACAACGGACGCAACCCUCCAGUCCAAGUUGAAGGACGAGUACUCCCGCCUCACGCAGCACAGCGAGCCGGUGACGGCGGCGUUGUGGAAGCGGCCAGAGCGGCAGCUCCAAGGGCUGCUCAACUGGAAGUCUGGGCACUGGAUACGGCCCGCAAUGCGGGCCGUCAAGUCGUUCUUGUAGCAUCUCGUUCAAAGCUUACAGUAACCGGAAAAAGAAUGCAAAAUUGUUUUGGCAGAGCCAG